AUGAUGUCGCGAACCACUGAAGAUACCCCGCUGCUGUCGGAUCCCACAGCCAAUGAAUUAGGAUCCCCGACGGAUGAACGAUACGAUCCGAUUGUGGAAAGACAUCAACAACGAUGCGCCAAAACAAUCUUCAUUUUGACGUGGAGCUCGGCACUGCUCGCAGUCUUCAUCCUUGUUCUGGACAUGACCAUCAUCUGCGUACAUCUUGUCCAAUUCGGCAGCCUUAGAUCCUGGGGACCAGAGUUUGCUCUAAUUGGCACCUUCUUCACUCUCCUGGGCGCCGGAUUUAUCUCGUUCCUUAAUCUGGCUCGUUUGUAUCUCUGGAACCGACCUAUCUGGCUAUGGUUGAACCUAGUCCUGGACCUCGCUAUCGUCUUUUAUUCAUUCGGGUUUGGAAUGUUAGGGUCAGGAAUCGGUGACCUAGGAUCAUGGGGCGCAGAUAUACUCAUAUGGUUCAUCCGUAUCACCCAGGUCGUAUGCUGGUUGGUUGUGGUGUUCGGACUGAUUCACUUGGCUCUGUUCUUCGUGCGAUGCUUCCUGUCCUUCAGCUACCGGCCCUGGCGUGAAUAUCGUAACUGGACGUUGCCCCGUGGGCGCUUAAGUAUUGAGUUCAAGGUGCAAUUCCUUCGACAGUCAGACAAUUCCGAGGCUUCGCCCGAUGCUACUACCUCUGGCACCGGAAUCCAGGCAGAAGUGGCGGCGCAGAGUGUUUGA